CCACACGGUCGCCGAGCGCCACGCCGUACGGACGUUUUACCCGCCGAACCGGACGUUCACCCUUCACGUCGUAUCAGCACCGCUGAUAUUAAUCGUAACGAUAAUAAUAUAUAUGCGCCCGUGCACAUUAUAAUAUAUUAUAUAUAUAUAUAUUUUUUGUUUAUUAUUUGUUACAUUGUGCACGUUUCGAGCUGUCCACACGUACAGUGACGUAAACGUUGCGAACGACUAUUGUGUGUUUAUAUCACAUAAAGUGUUGUCCCGAGACUCAGCAACAGGUACCUGUCCAAAAAUAUAUCAGCGGUACACCACCUGCAGCACUGCAGCGGUGUUGCUCUGCACAGACUAUCAAUCCGGACGAACGACGAUGAUAUCGUCUUUGGCGGCCGGGUAACCCUGUGGUAUCGCCGGUAUCCGGUGUGGUAUCAUUACUAACGCUCAUCGACCGAGUUCACAACAAUAACAUACCACCGCAGCAGAAGAGGACCGAGGGCAGUGGAUUUGGAUCGUCGAAGAGUGUGGGACGAGCAGUAGGUCAAAGAUGGUCAUCGAACCGGGCCUGAUGGACAUGCUGGGAAACUCGCUGUUCGACAUGCUGGCGCCGGUCACGUCCACCGAUUCGUCGGCCGUAGCGUCCACCGUGUCGUCGCACGGUUCCGGCGACGGUUCUGGAAGUCGUGGCGACGGUUCCGGUACGUCCGUCGACGACGACGAGGACGACGGUUCCGGGAUGGGCGGUGGUUCCGGGGCAGGCGGUUCUGGUGGCAUCGGUCCCGGCGAGCUAUGGUACAGGCACAGCCCCGCCAUGACGGCCGUUUACUGUUUCGCGUACACCAUGGUGUUCCUGGUCGGGCUGGUCGGCAACCUGCUGGUGGUGUCCGUGGUCUGCCGGUCGCCCAGGAUGCGCAACGUCACCAACUAUUUCAUCGUCAACCUGGCAGUGGCCGACAUACUGGUGCUUGUCUUCUGCCUGCCGGCCACGCUCCUGUCCAACAUCUAUGUCCCUUGGAUCUUGGGGUCAUGGAUGUGUAAGAUCGUGCCCUAUGUCCAAGGUGUUUCAGUGGCAGCGUCCGUGUACAGUUUGAUCGCCGUUUCAGUGGACAGGUUCCUGGCCAUUUGGUAUCCGCUGAAGUGUCAGAUCACCACGCGCCGGGCCCGGUACAUCAUCGGCGUCAUCUGGCUGGCGUCGACCACCAUCACCAUACCGUGGGCGCUGUUCUUCGACAUGGUGGCCAUAUUCAAGGACGCCCCGAGCCUGGAACUGUGCCUGGAGGUGUGGCCGGACUACCUGGACGGCAACCUGUACUUCCUGCUCGGCAACCUAGGCCUGUGCUACGUGGUGCCCACGGUGGCCAUAUCGCUGUGCUACGCGAUGAUCUGGGUGAAGGUGUGGCGGCGGACCAUACCCACGGACAACAAGUGCGCGCGCAUGGAGCGCAUCCAGCAACAGAGCAAGGUGAAGGUGGUCAAGAUGCUGGCCAUGGUGGUCGUGCUGUUCGUCGCGUCCUGGAUGCCGCUGUACGCGAUAUUCGCCCGGAUCAAGCUGGGCGGCCGGCUGGUGCCGUGGGAGGAGGACUUCCUGCCGGUGGCCACGCCGAUCGCGCAGUGGCUGGGCGCGUCCAACAGCUGCAUCAACCCGGUGCUGUACGCGUUCUUCAACCGCAAGUUCCGGCGCGGCUUCACCGCGGUGCUCCAGAGCCGCCGGUGCUGCGGCACGCUCCGGUACAACGAGAACCUGCAGCACUCGGCGUCCGCCAGCGGAAACGGCGGCGGCAAGGCGUCCUCGUACUACAUCACCAAUCACCACGCGUACACCAAGCGGCAGUCCAGCCAGGAGACCAACGUGUCGUACAUAUUCAACGUCUGAACGCAAAGCACCCGAAGCCGCCCCCCGCACAAACGAUGACGAUAUAAAUAUGAUUUGAUCAUGAACUACAUACGCGCGUAUUGCGCCGUUGUUGUGUUGUUGUUGUUGUUGUCGUUGUUGUUGUUGUUGUCGUCGUCAUCGCCGUUGUCGUCAAUCGACAACCGACGGUAGCAUUAAAAUCAACAACAAUAAUCGUAUAAUAAUAAUAAUGAUAAUAAUAUAAUAAUUCGAAAUAAAAACCUCCUUCAAUGACGUCGGAAGUGUUUUCAGGUCCGGCGGCGGGGACAUUAUUUGUCGUGCGUUUUUUACCUGUGUGCCCUGCGAUUAGAUCGUACCGCAUACGCGUAAAUAUAUUAUAAUAUAACGACUAAAUAUUUUGAUUUUUCCCGCCGCCAAACAUCGAUAUCGAUAAUACAUUUAUAUAAUAAUAUAAUAUUAUAAUAAUCGCACAUAACACGUAUUCUCCAUACGUAUCGUACUGCCGAUGACGCACACUGUAUACGAGGUGUAUAAUAUGUUAUAAUAAUAAUAAUAAUAAUAUGUGACAUAUCGCCGCAACUAAAUAAUAUAAUAUUAUAAAAAUAAGAAUAAUGUAAAACCGUCUUAGGCGAAGUGCGAAAUAUUAUGCGCAGUUUUCACAUCUCCAAUGCAUAUAUAUAUAUAUAUAUUAUAAAUUUAUAACAUAUUAAUCAUAACGAUGUAAACAAUAAUAAUAUUAUAAUAUAAUGUAGUCCGUCGAAAUAAUAAUAAUAAUAAUAAUAAAAAUAAUAACUAUAAAAUACAACACACAUACACUUACACACACUCGUAUAUGUACUAAUCGCUAUAAUGCGUAUAUUUAUAGAUGCGCAUAAUAUCAUAUUAUAUAUACCAUAGAGUGUAUUGAAAAUAUUUUUUUUUUUUAAUGUACGAAGUAUAAUAAUAUUAUUAAGUACAAUCGUCGAUUUGCACGCUGUACAUACACAUAUUAUAUUAGAGGGUGUAUUCAAUAUAUUAUUAUACUUUCACGGCUUCCCUUUCCCCGGUCGUGGUGAUAACAAUAUAAUGUAAUCGUAGAAGUUGUUUCGCACCGUUCGACCCACACCCA